AUGACUGAGCCCGCACCGACCGAAGCAGUUGGAGACGCCGCCCAGGAUGUUGAAGACAACCCAUACGAGCAUCAGCAGAAGCAGGAGGAGAAAGAGGAGCAGGACUUCCUCGAUCCAAGUCGAUGGUGGCUCGCGUCGACAGCUAUACCACUGUUUGCUGGUACCUUUGGGCCUAUAGCUAACGGCUUCAGCAUAUGCGCCUUGGUGGAGAAUUGGAGAGACCAUGUCCCCAUCGGGGGUGCUGAGAAUGUGGACUCGACACCCGUUGAUGACCCGUCGUUCCUCAUUGCGGUCAACUCAAUCUCUCUCAUAUGCGCCCUCGUAGCAAAUGCGGCUCUCCUACUCAACAUGGCCCGUCGGAUACCCUUCGCCAUCGCACAGCCUAUCACCAUUGUCGGAUGGCUGGUGUCAUCCCUCCUACUUAUAGCUCUCGUAUCAGUCGCCAAUACACCUGUCUUCCGGAUAGAGCCUCGGUCCGAGCACGUCCUGACACAGGCAUACUACUAUGCAAUCAUAGCGGCUGCUUUAUACUGCAUCAUAGCUUGUGGAAUGGUCAUCACGGUGGUUGGCGCACAUAGAGGGCACUACGAGAAAGAGUUUAGAUUGACCAUGAGCCAGAGAACGCUCAUGUUACAGACCAUCGGCUUCAUCACAUACCUGCUGCUGGGCGCGUUGGUGUACUGUAAGGUUGAGAACUGGAAAUUUCUGGACUCCGUGUACUGGGCGAACUUCACACUGCUGACGGUUGGCAUCGGCACUGACAACCAUCCUAUGACGCAUCUUGGGAGGUCCCUACUCUUUCCGUACGCAAUCGGUGGCAUUGUGAUGCUCGGUCUGGUGGUUGGAUCAAUCCGUUCUUUGAUACUGGACAGAGGCAAGCACAAGCUGACGGCCAGGAUGACCGAGAAGAAGAGGGAGGAAGCGCUUUCCAACAUCGAUUCCGAGAAACGUACCAUUAAAGUUGGCUUCAAGACGCUUUCGUUCGAACAAAAAGGGCUCUCGGAAGUUGAGAGACGGGAGCAAGAGUUCAACAUCAUGAGAAUGGUACAAGAAAGCGCCGAAACCAGGCGGAAGUGGAUCGCCCUCGCAUUUUCGACGAUGGCCGCUCUCGGAUUGUGGUUCAUCGGCGCAGCUGUCUUCCAAGUCACGGAAAGAAAACAGGGAUGGACUUACUUUGUGUCGCUCUACUUCUCUUACACGUCCCUUCUCACGAUUGGCUAUGGCGAUUUCCAAGUGCAAAGCAACUCUGGAAAGCCGUUCUUUGUCUUUUGGUCACUGUGUGCAGUGCCGACGCUCACUCUGCUCAUAAGUAAUAUGGCUGACACCGUCGUUAUCGGGUUUCGAGAUAUUACAAUCUGGGCUGGAUCAAUCACCGGUCUGUUACCAGGCGAGGCUGGCUUUCGAGAGACAGUCAAGACUACGGCUGCAAAGAUCGAUGUGAAGAACCUCUUCAGCAAAGGGGACGCUUCUGGGAACCCGCCGCCGCCCGGAUUCGCUGCCACUGGAGGCAAGGACGAGCAGAACAAGAAGACUGCGACUGAGGACUUUGCUAUGGAUCGUGUCACAGGUCAUAUCGAAGACGAAGAGCUACGCGAAGCCGAAGAAGCCGGCGAACGAGGUGAUCCGAUUGAGCGAGACAUACAUUUCUACCACUAUCUGCUCGCCAAGGAGCUCCGUAACGUCAUGAAGGAUGCCGAAUCAUCGCCACCGAAACAGUAUUCCUACCACGAAUGGGCGUACUAUCUAAAACUCAUUGGACAAGACGAGGCCGAUCCAAAGCGUCACCGCAAACCGCCUGUCGAACCCAACCGAGACAGAAGUAAGGGAGACGGGGGCCCAGAUGUCGCCAAAGCACACGGCGAGGAUGAGGACGGACAGCCAUACGAGUGGAGCUGGCUGGGCACGCGCAGUCCGCUAAUGGGCAACAAGAGCGAGGCCGAGUGGAUCUUGGAGAGGUUGGCCGCCACGCUGGAGGAGGAGCUCAAGAAGAUGAGGUCGCAAGAUCCUUCGGAGCGCAAGCAGAAGCCGCCGGUGUCGAUGGAUGAUCUAAGGCAGCGGAAGAAGCCGAAGGAGGAGCAGAAUAGCAGUGGUGAGAGCAGCAGUGGCGGGAAGAGUAAUGGUGAGAAGAGCAGUGAUGAGGAGGAGAGUCGCAGUCGUUCUUCCAAGGACCGCAAGAAGGAGCAAUGA